AUGAUUCACGUCAAUGGACAUCCGUCUUUUCCGCAAAAUUGUUGGGGCCAUAGAACUUUUCACUCUGCUCAUUGUAAUAAUUCUCAUUCCACGGUGAAGUUUACAACUUCCAACGGAGUCUACUCUGCUGCACAGAAGAUUCCACGUGAGUAGAUAAUUUAAAAUAUUCGUGAUCAACCUAUUCAUGCAGUUUUGAAUAUUUCUAAAUGUGUUUAGGGUCACAUGUAUUUAGGGAAUAAAUCUGUGAUUACUGCAUUGGUGCGCAGUAAUUUUGAUCGUGAUUACUUCUUCUCCAAAAUUUUCACAGCCUCUCGUUCCUCUUAUCAAGCGCCAGCAAAAAUCUUAAGCUUAGGUGGAGGAAGUGGAAAGAAUUUAAGAGGGAGAAACAAAGACGCGCGCAUUCACGCGCUUCGGAACAACGCUGUCGCCUUCCCUUACUUGCACAAACACUGCACACUCACACACCCCUCCCCUGUCUCUUGCAUUGUACUCUUAUGCUCUGACUUGUUCCUCAGUCGCUUCAAAAUGUGCACAGCUGUUAAAUAUAUGCACAGCGGUAAAGUACAUCGUGACUAACAAAUCGGACUCCCGCUUCGCGGUCGUCCGAUUUUGUUUAUCACUCGUAUGAUUACAGACCGAAUUGGACUCCACUUGGUUCUAAUACCAUUAUCAAUCAGUAGAGGGUGGUUAGCAGUGUAAUCCGAUCGAAAUUUCAAGGUAUUACCUUAAAUGACUCUUUCAAAUGUCAGUUGAAAGGUGCUUUGAUCACAAUGUAAGCAUAUAUUUCUAUUUGUAUAUUUGAAAGGCUUUCUUUACUCUAAUAGAGGGAGUAUAGAUGGUGUAAAGAGGUUUCACAUGCUUAAUUGAUUCUUUUUCUUUCGCACACAAACUAACUGCUCUGUUCGUCAGUAUUUUCAAAAGGUUCCUCGCUAACAGCUACUCUGCAGGAGUGGAUCCAUGAAUUUUUGUUAAGAGGGGGGGAACUUAUAUUGUGUAGCAACAUGCGAUCCUGUCGUUGCAAGAAUGUUGGUGUCGAACAAUUAAUUAGUGGGGCGUCCGAUCCCCCCCCCCCUCUCCCCCUGCGACCUUGCCAAAGAAUAACGUAAGGACAAAAUCAAAAUCUGGACAUACUUUUCUCUUUGUUUUCCUCCAGCUUUCUCUUGUUCUUCGAUACUGAACGCGGCAAGCUGCAAAACUACAUCUGAUGACUUUUUCCGCAAAAACCGCGAUGGCUUUGGACUAUUCUUGACCAGAGAGGAAAAAGCAUUUAUGAAUAGCCAAUUCUUCUGCGUUUCAUCUUCAACUGAAAAUGGAAUCGCCUUAAAGCCAAACCAUUCCACAGCUGUGACGUACCAUCACUUGGGCCGAGACUGUGGCAUUGCAGACUCCUGUUAUGGCAGCACAAGGCGUGGCUUAAUGUCUUCCCGCAACGAACAGCUUCCAUUGACAACCAACUGCAAUCACGAAAUUACGAACCUCUGCAUGAAGGUGUGUCAACAUUCAACAAAAACGACGUUUAAUAAAGUCACCAAUCAACACAAAGAAACGGGCAAGAGCUGUACAGCAAAAGAUGGUUCGAUCGAGGGAUGUGCCUCACCUGUUAGACAAACGGAUGGUAUCCUCACCAUAUCUCAGGCCUGUCCUGAUCUAAUGGAAGGUAGUGUCUUUCACAGCUCACAAGAGCAGAAGCCCAGCAUACCAGGAGUGAUAAAUCAGGAGCAUUGUCCUUCUUCAUGCCCUUCGCAAAAGCCAACACCAAGUCUUAUUUCAACAUGCAACGAAGAAGAGAAAAGACACAGAAUUUGCUCCGUUAACCUUUGUUAUACAUCAGCUGAUUUUGGAACUCAAGGAAAACCAGGAAAUGGCAUGGGACGCGCUGAUUUUCUGUCAUUUAAACGAAAUGCUACAACUGCUGCAGAUCGUGAUAAUUAUCCCGAACAACAACGCAAGAGACAUUGUUCGGGUGACGAUGUGCUCGGAAUUAUCAAGGAUCAGGUAUCUAGCGAGGUUUCUAAUCCGAAAGAUGCUUGCAAGACGCCUCUAAGUCAACCUCACCCUGACAAACGUUUGUAUGGUAAGGACACAAGCCUUAAGGUAAAAAGAUUCGGCGAACUUAGCCGAUUGCCUGAGAUGACACCGUCACCUAGUCAAGUCAAGGCCAUCACUUCCCAAACGUUAACUUCCGCCAACAACACUUUUGGCACUUUCACGUCCAGUGUUCACGUCAACCAGUCAUGCGAAAUAAAAAAAUCGCUUGAAAUUGGAAAUUCGCCAAAUAGAAUCAGCGCCAACAUAACCUCUUCUGGUGCCCUCACUUCUGAUAUCGCCAUUACUUCCACCAACAGCAAAGCUAGGAGUAACAAGAUAACACCAACGAAUCAACCAAUCAUAAUUGACCUAACCGAUGAAACCGAAAACAAGCGAACCAAUUCAGAAGUAUGUCGAUCAGGUGACCGAGAUCCAAAUGAUGCAAGACUUUUCGAGCGUCGAAAAGACAUCCAUGAAAUUAUUAACACAGCAAAACCAAUCCAGCGUGAUUUGUUGGAAAGUGACAAAGCACCUUUAAAAAGUGGCGUUGCUUUCGAUCAUGACUCUAUGCCAAGACUAAUCGGGGUACUUCCGUCGGCUACUGCAAAUGUCCUAUCGAGUUUAGUACAUUGA